AUGCCACGAACAUAUGUGAGAAAGUCAAAUAGGGUUCAAUGGUCGGAGUCAGACAUGCUUUUAGCUAUAAAUUCGGUGAUGGAAGGUAGAAUGGGAUAUCUUUUAGCGUCAAAUACAUACAAUGUACCUAAAAGUUCAUUAGAAGAUCGUAUAAAGAAGAUAAAACGUGGAAAAUCAAAAUAUGAAGUGUUCCGAAAGUGCCCUGCUACUGAAAAAUGCGUCUUUACUGAUGAGUUGGAAGGUAUGUUAGUCAAACAUAUCAAAAUUAUGGUAUCUCGACUAUUUGGCUUGACUAAAACAGAUUUGCGACGUUUGGCAUUCCAAUUAGCUGAGAGAAACAAUUUAAACCAUCCUUUUAAUAAAGAAACCGGACUCGCUGGCUUAGAUUGGGUUAGUGGAUUUCUAAAACGACAUUCUGAAUUGUCGCUAAGAUCACCUGAAGCUACAUCAGCUGCAAGAGCAAUGGGAUUUAAUAGGUCUGUAGUGUCAUCAUUUUUUAAUCUUUUGGAUACACUUUAUGUUAAGCACGCUUUCAAUUGCACCCGAAUAUAUAACAUGGACGAAACUGGAUUGACCUCUGUACCAAAAAAAAUAGGAAAAAUUAUAUCGGUGAAAGGUAAAAAACAAGUUGGUGCACUAGCUUCGGCUGAACGAGGACAGUUGGUAACGGCAGUGCUUUGCUUUUCUGCAGCUGGACAUUAUAUUCCACCUCUUAUGGUUUUUCCUCGAGCACGAAUGAAGAGUGAGCUUUUGGAUGGUGCACCACCGGGCACAGUAGCUGUAUGCCAUCCAAGUGGUUGGAUGCAACAACAUAUUUUCGCCGAAUGGAUGCGCCACUUUAUCUCCUAUGUAAAACCAAGAAAAGAAGAUCCCGUGCUUCUUGUUUUAGAUGGUCACGCCACACACACUAAAAACCUAGAAGCUAUUGAGUUAGCUCGUGCGCAUGGUGUCAUGAUGCUCUGCUUGCCACCUCACUGCACGCAUCGCUUACAGCCACUCGAUGUUGGUUUUAUGGGGCCAUUGAGCACGUUUUACUCGCAAGAAAUCCAGUUAUGGCUUCGAAAUCAUCCGGGGCGUGUUGUCACCCAAUUUCAAAUAGCAUCUUUGUUUGGAACUGCUUAUAAUCGUGCCGCUACAAUGCAAAAUGCAGUGUCUGCUUUCGCCAAAACCGGAAUUUGCCCUCUGAAUCCCAAUAUUUUUACAGACGUAGAUUUUGCACCAUCACAGACAACCAUACCAUGUGUACCAACCACAAAUGAAAUCUCUCAGGAUUCAUUGCCGCGAGAAAGAACUCCAUCCCCGCAAGCAGGAACAUCUAAAGAAGGACAAAUAUUUCCAGAUCCUAUAAGUCUUGUAUCGCCGAAAGAUAUCAUGCCGAUUCCUCAUUUCAAAAAAACAAUCCGGCCAUCGACGCGUCGAGGAAAAACAGCAAUUUUAACUGAAUCGCCGUAUAAAAAUGAACUGGCUGGAAAAUCUACGCAAUCAGUUAUCAAAAUAAAAUUUAAAGGCAAAGGUAAAGGUAUCGGGAAAAAGACCAAUAAAGAAAACAAUCAAGAAGAUUCGGAGUGUUUGGUUUGUGGUGAAAAGUAUAGUCUAACUAAGUCCACAGAUGAAUGGUACCAAUGCACUGCUUGUCUUGAAUGGGCUCACGAAAGUUGCAUUGGUUGUUCUGACCAAGAAUUAUUAUUUUUUGUAUGCAAAAACUGCGAAUAA